UGCCACAUCUGUCACUGUCAGAAUAAUACCUAACAUAAUAAAUUCAAAAUAAUUAUACUAACCAUAGAUAAAAUAUAUUGAUACUAACUCUUAUCUAUGAAUUAUACAAACGACUGGAAAAACUGUAUUAUAUGUUUUGUGGGAAAAACUAUUCCUGAGUAAAAUGUAUAACUUUACCUGACCAACUAUUUACGAUGUCAACCCAAAAAGUUGCUGUGGUUACAGGGGGCAACAAAGGUAUUGGAUAUGCAAUAGUUAAGGGCCUUUGCGAGAAAUUUAAGGGUGCUGUAUAUUUAACAGCUAGAGAUGUUGGUAGAGGAGAAGCAGCAGUUAAGAAAUUGAAGGAACUUGGUUUCAACCCUCUAUUCCAUCAACUGGACAUUACAGACCAGUCUAGUGUUGACAAAUUCAAGGAAUAUAUUAAAUCAAACCAUGGGGGCAUAGAUAUUUUGGUUAAUAAUGCUGCUAUAGCCUAUUUGGGUAAUGCAACUAUACCUGAAGGCCAACAAGCUGAAGAAACCAUAAAAGUCAACUAUUUCGGGACACUAAGAGUAUCUGAGGCACUUUUCCCACUAUUACGCAAUAAUGCCAAGGUUGUAAAUAUUUCCAGCUCUGCUGGUCAUCUUAGCAUGAUCUCAUCUGCAGACUUGAAGGCAAAAUUGGGCGAUUCUAACUUGACCAUUCCAGACCUGAACAACUUGAUGGAAAAAUUCGUAAAGGAUGCCAAAGAGGGCAAAGCAAAAUCAGAAGGUUGGCGUCAUGCUUACUUCGUGUCCAAAGUAGGACUGAGCGCCCUGACCUUUAUCCAACAGAGAUUGUUCGAUAAGGAACAACCGAACAGGAAUAUUGCGGUCAACGCUGUGCAUCCCGGCUACAUAAACACUGACUUGAACAAUCACCAAGGACCGUUAACUAUUGAAGAAGGCGCAAAAGCUCCCCUUUAUUUGGCUCUUACGGCUGAUUUCAAAGGAAAAUACGUCUGGCACGAUUGUAAAAUUGUUGACUGGUAUGGAACUAUACCUUCGUUGUAUUAAAUUGCAACAAAGAUGUUUUUUGUAUUUACAUGUUGAUUUUGUACUUUUAAGUUUAAAAUAUAUAUUUUAGCAGCA